AUAGAUAAAUUGGUGCCCAAACAAAAGAAGUUUUAUGCCGGCGGGCUUGAAUAUCAGUGUUAGAGAAAUGGUGGGUGGUCGGACGAUGGAGUGGGCGGCGAGAGCAAGCCACCUAGGUGGUCUUCCGAGGAAAAUGGUGAUCACGGCGGUAGGUUCGUUCGCGAAGGCGGUGGCGAAUCUACUCAACACCACCACUGUCCACAACGGCGACACCCUCCUCCAGCUCGUUCGAUCCCGCCCUGCCGGUGUUCCUCUCCUCACCGUCAGCAAUCACAUGUCCACGUUGGAUGACCCAGUUAUGUGGGGAUUCAAAGGUUUUCCAAUUUCUGAUGCGAAGCUGGCGAGAUGGGUACUCGCAGCUGAAGACAUAUGCUUUAAAAAUACAGCGUUGUCAUAUUUUUUCCGGCUUGGGAAAUGUAUACCAAUAACAAGAGGGGGUGGAAUCUAUCAAGAACAUAUGAAUGAAGCUCUUGAUCGUUUGAGUGACGGAGCCUGGUUGCAUACAUUUCCAGAAGGGAAGGUCUGUCAAGAAGAUGCUCCAAUAAGACGAUUGAAGUGGGGAACUGCCAGUCUCAUUGCUCGUGCCCCUGUGACUCCAAUUGUCUUGCCUAUUGUCCAUCAUGGUUUUGAAAAGGUUAUGCCAGAGAAUUAUGCUUGUGGGAGAAGACCUCCAGUUCCUUUAUGGAACCGGGAGAUAAAAAUAGUUGUUGGUGAGCCAAUGGAAUUCAACCUACCUGAACUGAGAGAGAUGGCUCUAUCUCAAUCUCGGGAUUCAUCAUCUUCCAGUGGGCGGUGGCCCAGAACCAUCCUUGGUGGACUGGACGAGGCAGCACAGAGAUGUCUGUACAUGACCAUAUCUGAUCAAAUUCGAACUGCCUUGGAAAACUUAAGGAGUUUCAGUAGAUCUUACAUGAAGCCCAAGCAAUAGAGUUGGUGCUUUCCGAUCAGUUAAAGGAAAUCUGUAAGGUGCAUCCGUGUUGAAGGUCAUAUUGUAUUGAGUCAAUUGUAGUUUUUCUUUUAAUGAUUUUGAUAGUCUGAGGCUAGACACUUAAUUGAGGAUGCAGGAUAAGAUUUUUGGGUUCAGUAUCACGGUAUCAUCCUUGUAGCUGUAAUGUUUGCAUUUUGAGAUUUCCAAUAUCAUUUGGUCAAAAUGAAAGAUAUCACUUCAAUUCUGGAAAAGUAUUUGCGGACUUACUGGGUGCUAUAGUGCCUUGUUCCUUCCUUUGGCUGCACGCGAAACAGAUUAUGUACAAGGAAUGGUAAUAAUGUGUUGCAGUA